CGCAAAGAUCCAAUAAGAAUGGCCGCCUCUCUGGGAAGCAAGUUGCGAGUUUUACAGCCGGUGAUCGGCAAACAAAAUUUUCCAAAUCUCAGCGUAACUCGGCUCGUGUCAAGUUCGCCACCACAACAGGAUAUUAGCGAAGGAUGGCUUCGCAAACUUCUUGUGAGAAAAAUCGAACCUACAAAAGAAUCACAUUCCCGGAUGCUCUCCGACAAAGAAGUCAUUUACGCUUUACAUACGCACAACAUCCGUCCUGACUCCAUCGAUAAGUACCUCUCGAACUAUCAAGAAAAUGUGAAUCUCAUUCAUUCCAAACAAUCUGAACUGAAAUGCGAACUCGUUGGUUCAUGGGUCGUGGAAGUAGGAGAUCUCGAUCAAGCACUGCACUUAUGGCAAUACACCGGAGGAUUCGAGCGUGUUGAUCGAGCGCAGGUCAUCUUGUCACAGCAUGCUGACUAUCAGCGUUUGCUCAAGGAGCGUGGAAAUUUCUUGAGAUCUCGGCAUUUACAGUAUCUUUUAGCCUUUAGUUACUGGCCUCAAAUAUUAAAACGAGAUCCCUCGAACAAAUACGAAAUCCGGAGUUACAGUCUUAAACCGGGCACCAUGAUAGAAUGGGGAAAUAAUUGGGCCAGAGCCAUAAAUCACAGACGCAGUAAUGAUGAAGCUUUCGCUGGAUUUUUCUCACAAAUUGGACGUCUUUAUAAUGUUCACCACAUUUGGUGUAUUCCAGGUUACAAGGAUUUGCAGUCGCGAAAAGAAAUUCGAGAGAGUGCAUGGCGUUCUCCAGGAUGGGACGAGUGUGUGGCAUACACUGUUCCACUAAUUCGAGAAAUGCAUUGUCGAAUCCUGAACCCAACUUCCUUCUCUCCAACCCAAUAGAUUCCAUAAUAACUGGCCAAUUUCUUUGAUUGUAUAUUACAAUUAUUUAAUCUGACACUGUAAUAUUGUAUAAAAAUAGGGCUUAUGAAUACGAACUUCAAUGUCAAGAGACAAGAGUAAGUAAAUCGUAAAAUGAAAGGAAGGAUCAUUGAUGGGACCGAGAAUCAUGUAAAUCAAAUUUCUUAAUUAUUGUUAUUGUUAGAUGCUGAGGCAUAAUUCUGUAAGAUAAUACAAAACUAUAUCCGAAA